AUGGCGCAGCAGCUGCUGCUUCUCCUACCCGCGCCUUCGGGGACGUUCUCGAAGCCACUCCCUUCCCCUGCCCCCUCCAUGCCCCGGCGCCAUGUCCCCUCCAUCUCCAUCACACGCCGAUUGGUGGCGGGAGUCGCCGCCGCCCGCCGCGACCUGCUCCGCUGCGGAAUGCGGCGCUCAGAUUUGGUGUCCGAAUUGGAGCUCGCCAAGGACAAGAAGCAGCAGGGUGGUAGUGCCAAUGCCAUAUUCUGGAUCUUGCUGCUUAAUUUUGGACUCUAUGUUGCAGACCACUUGUUACAGAUCCGGCAGAUAAAGGCACUCUACCUGUACCAUGCAUUCCCGUCUUGGUAUCAGUUUGUGACAUCAACGUUUUGCCAUGCUAACUGGAACCACCUUUCAAGCAAUCUGUUCUUUGUGUACAUUUUUGGAAAGCUUGUAGAAGAGGAGGAAGGUAACUUCGCACUGUGGAUGUCUUAUAUUUUGACUGGUGCUGGAGCAAACUUGAUUUCAUGGUUAGUUCUUCCAACGUCAUCUGUGUCGCUUGGAGCAUCUGGGGCUGUUUUUGGCCUUUUCACAAUUAGUGUACUGGUAAAGAUGUCCUGGGACUGGAGAAAGAUUCUUGAGGUCCUUAUCCUUGGUCAAUUUGUUGUUGACAAGGUCAUGGAAGCUGCACGUGCAACUACCAUAACAGGCGCCGCACUUCAAGUAAACAACAUUGCCCAUGUCUCGGGUGCUUUGAUUGGUGCUGCGUUAGUAUUUGUGAUCAACAGAAUCCCCUUAUCAUCUAUUGAUGAUAACCCAAAGGCUUCAAAGGAUAACAAGGACAAAAGAAGUUAA